UUAGCCGCAACAGCAGCAGACAUCAUACAGCAGCCGAAUUUUAUCUUUUUUUUUUUUGUUGGUGUGUAAUUCCCGAAGAGUGGGGGUGGAUUGUCCUGAACGAAGGUCCUUGUGGGGGCCCUUUUAAUCCAACAAUUUCUUUUGUUUAAGUGUGAAAAAGUGCAUAUCUCAAGUGUGUGAGUGCGUUUCGGGGAAUGAAACUAAACGACGUGUAAAGCAGAAAAAAAAAAGAAUUACACGAAACCCUCUGUUCGGCGGUAACACCUAUGGAUUACCAUCAGCUAAGCUGCAUGGAUUAUUGAUUUCCUUGAGAGAGAUCACCAGUGAAAACAGUUGGGUGUAAAAGAAGAUUGAAAUCAGAUACCCAGAAAUUUAUGGUCUCCUAAUUUGCACGUCUCACAGCAGCCACCGGAAAUCUUCAACAACACAACGAAAAGGAAAAAAAAAGAAGUGUCAAACUUUUCUGGCUGAGAAAUACCAAAGGAGCAGCUCUGGUUCUAUUUUUUUUUUGCGUGAUUGCAUUACGAAAAUAAGGAGGAGAAAAACGAAUGUACGACAACAUGACAACGUACAUGCUGUCGGAUUCUCCGGAAUCCGGAUCGGGAUCGAAUCACCAACUAGGCGGCAAUUCCAGUUCGAACGCGCCUUCGCUCAUCGGUUCGCCUAGAUCGACGCCCGUCUUCGGCAACAACGGUCAUGCCCUGAAGACAAACGGUGGUUUAAUGAUGAACGGAUCGUCAGCCGUUGGCAAAGACAUGGCCGGCCAUCAGAUGUGGAAUAACGUCGGGCACACACAGCCGCAGAUGCCUCCGCCGGCCAUACCGCAACAUCAUCACCGGAGCAACAACAUCGCCGACGAGGAGAACCAAUCGCUGCGCUCCGAUCACUCGAAUUCGAUGGCCGGCUUGUCUUCGAAUCGCGUCCAAUCGACCCGCUCGUCCCGCCAUCAGCCCAAUCGUCCGCUCACUUCGUCCCAGUCGAACAAGAGCAACAACUCCGGACAUCACCGAUCGCACAGGAGUACGCGGUCGGGACAUCGGGAUCAUCCGAUUUCGUCUUCGCCCAUGCAAACGUCAGCUGUCCUGGGCGGUAACAACGAUCGUGGCAAUAACGGCCAGCACCAAGAAGUCAUUGAAGUCCAAAUUCUACCACAGGAUGACGGAUGGGGAGACAACGCCACGGCCAUAACGGGCAACACGUCCGUGGCGUCCGGAUCGAUGGAUGACGUGUCGCGACUCGGCGGAGGCGACGGCGGCCGCGACGGCGAUGGCGGACCCAACGAUCCGGCCUGGUCAUCCAACGCCAUGGGUCAGUUUCAGAGCCAAGGCAACCUCGGAUGGAAUUUCAAGUGUCAGCGCUACCUCGGCUCGAUCACGGCCGCCGUCCUGGCCGCUUUGGCCGUCACCACGCCCAUCGCCAUGGUUUUGCUGCCCCGGAUGCAGAUCGUGCCUCUAAGGUCGGAGCAGCUUCGUUGCCCGGCCGAAUGCGAAGGCCUACUCAUCACUCUGACGGUGAAACUGGUCCUGCUGGCGCUGGGCAGCUGGGCCGUCUUCUGGAGACCGACUAGAGCCACAAUGCCGAGGAUUUUCUUCCUCCGGACGCUCGUCCUUCUCCUCGUCUUCGUCACCACGUUCGCCUAUUGCCUCUUUUACGGCGUCAGAGUCGUCGAACAGCAGGAUCAACUUGAUUACAAGGCGAUUGUGACGUUUGCCUUGUCACUAGUCGACGCCCUAUUGUUUGUCCAUUACGCUGCAGUCUUGUUAUUGGAGAUUCGCCAAAUGCCGCCCAGGUAUUAUUUGCAUGUCAUUAGGAGUCCCGACGGCAUAUCCAGAGGCUAUCCAGUAGGAGCCAUAUCGAUACAACGGGCUGCCGUCUGGCUCCUGGACAAGUACUACACCGACUUUCCCAUCUACAAUCCGUUCCUGGAGCGCCUGCCGCCGCGGAGGACCCGUUCCAAGUUGCAUCAUUCGUCCUCUUUCAAGUUCUACGACCUCGACGGCCAGAACAAUGACGGAUCUCUGAAUCCUGCUAAUGCCAGAGGCGUUUUGUCGACGACCAGCUCGUCCACGACGGCCCGGCGCAACAAUUCCAGCCACAACGAAAGAUUCUACGAAGAGCACGAAUACGAACGACGUUUGAAAAAGAGGCGCGCCCGUCUGGUCACGGCCGCCGAGGAGGCUUUCACUCACAUCCGACGACUCCAAGCUGAACCCGGUCCAGCAGUGCCGAUGGAUCCUUACGAAGCGGCUCAGGCCAUCUUCCCGUCAAUGGCCCGCCCGCUGCAAAAGUACCUGAGGAUCACGCGCCAGCAGCCGCGCCACACGGUCGAGUCCAUCCUGCAGCACCUGGCCAUCUGCCUCAGUCACGACCUCUCCGCCCGCGCCUUUGUCGAAAAGUUCCUCGUUGCCUCGCCCGUCAUGCAGAACGACAAGGAAAAGUGUCCCAUUCAAACGUGGUCGCUCGUCUGCGACGUCCUCUUGUCUCGCGGCAUCGAGGAUGGCACCGUCUUCCAGCUGCGACAAGGAGAUGUUUCCCUACUCUGCCGCAUCUCCAACUUGCCCCACUACAACAUCACCGAGGAGAUUAUCGAACCCAAAUCCAACAAGUUUGUUUUGCGACUCAGUUCGGAGACUUCCGUUUGAACUCGCGAUGUGUCCGCUCCGUCGCUAGUGAAAGGGAAAUAUUUGUUUACGUUUUUUCUUUAUUUAAGGAUUUUUGAAAAGAAACUAGUCGUCUCAUUUUUUUUUUUUUUUGAAAGAACAACGCCCGUUGCGUUUUGUGCAAUUUUUCUUUCUUUUUUACAUUUUAGGUUUUAUUAAAAAAAAAAAAAUUGUUUUCAUUUCUUUUUUUGUUGAAACGUUUAAUAUUCAAAUGAAAAUACUCGCAGACAUAUCGAAUUUAUGUCGAAUGUGCGCGUUGAAAUCGCCCUAUCGUCGUAAUCAACUGUUGGCUUCAAUGAUAAUUAGAUUCCCCCCGCCCUUCGCGUCAUGUUCACGUGUAAAUAAUCACACUUGUUCAUAUUAUAUCGAUGGGAAACUCUCAGACAUCGGCCGUGUACCCACCUUAAGUGUGGCAUGCAAAUUAGAUGGCCCAGUUUUUUUGUUUGUUUUUUUCACCCGAUCUGGUUUUUGUUUUUCUAAAGUAAUAGUUUGCUACCAUCUCUCUUUUGUUCGACCCCUUUCUUUUUUUUUUUCCAUGACAUAAUGAUCUUCCCCAUCGUGUGUAACAAACAAAACAAUAACAACGAAUUAACAAAAGAAAGAAAACAAAACAAAAAAAAUAGUUGAAUGAAGGUGCCAUGUCCCUCCAUUUGAAAACAAGAGAAGAACUGCCUGUACACAUUUGUUUGUAACAAAACAAAACAAUACAUGUUUCGUCUGUGA